AUGCCUGAGCAUCUCCCGCUCCCGACACCUCCGACCGGCCCCGCCAGCUCCGACGAAGACCAUGACCGUCUGAGAAUUCUAUCCCGCUCGCCGCAUCCGUAUCACAGGCUCAACACCGAACUCCUCGAGCCCUCCGACCGCUUCACCUACCCAGGGCCCACUGCGGCGGCCUCUGACGGGACUAUCGACGGGAAAACCGACGACUUGAACGCCUCAAACGCCUCGUCAUUAUCUGCACAGCCCUUUCCCGCAUUCGCACGAGACUCCCCGCUCACGAGCGAGAGCGGCACCGAAGCCGACGAUGAGCACUUCCUCAAGGGGCUACCCGCGCCCAAGGCGAAGUCCUCCAAGGGACUGAGAGGGAGGAACGAAGUGUUGUCGGGAACUUCGACGCCACUACCCUCUCCUGCGGUGCUGGAAGAGGAGGGUCGGAAAAAGAACCUGCAGGUUAGCCAUGUGGGCGGAUACGAGCGCAACAAGAGGAGUGCGGCGGACAGGGUGCGGCGCCGCAAAGAGCUGAUUCGGAGAGCGACCGAAGUGCUGCUUCUUGUGUGUCAGGGGGGCAUGGUGGCGUCUAACCCGGACGCACGGCUGUCUCUCCGAUUGUAUCACAGAGAGCUACUGGUUGUUGGUGGGGUAUUUUGCAGUCUUGCUGCGGCGUACCCUCUGAGGCUCAUCGCGUGGGCAUAUCGUCAGGGGAAACCCCAGAAGCGGGUGCCGAUCCGCGUUCCCUCCAGCUUCGAUCCCGCCCCAUUGCUCUACCCUCCUCUGGUGCCGCUCCUUGUCACGCUGCUCAUUGCGCGGAAUGUCCGUGGUGCUGUCAUACCGAGCCUGGUGCUGAGCAUCUCUACCCUCCCUAGGCCAUUGAUUCCCGGCGCGCGGCACUGGGAUUACUUUAACAGCACGCAUUGGUUGUUGUCAUGCGUCCCAUUUACCCUAGACGCACUUGUACCCACGACAGAAACGCUAUCACCAGACGAAAUCCCACGCGAGGUCCUCGUCUUGCUCUACCCGUUACACCAGACACUGUGUCUGGCCCUUCACCACCUUACUACAACGAGUCUGUUGGUUUCCGAGCUCCAGCUGCUCUCAGCCAGUCUCAUCAGCUUGCUUUUGCUUGCCAGUUCCCCUCAAGCGGUCAUCUUGAAAACGGUGCUCUGGGGAGGGGGUCUUGGGCUUGCCGUUCUAUGCAGCAAGGUGAUCCAAUGGGGCGUAUCUCUGGCCCGCGUGCCCAAGUGGCGUUUUCGGCGGAUUGUCCCCUCCAAGGACGAGUCCAACUAUGAACGACUCCGGCAGCUUUUGUCUUUUAGAAGACAUCGCUCCGGCUCGACGGCAAGCUACAGGAGUGUCAACUCCAACCAUGAUUAUGCAACAGACGAAGAGGUAGACCGUCUACCAUCCUUACCUCGAAUCGCGAAACAAACAGACAGUCUCAGCGAUACCGAACCCGUGCCUGGCGCUCUCGGGAGGGCCAAUACCCAGGGAGACUCAGAAGAACCAUUGCAGCAGAAUCCAAUACGGAGACACACGCUUCCACUCACGGGACAAGCACCCGCUAAACCUAAAACAACUACGACUAUCAACACCACCCCUUCUGGCCGUCGGAAACGUGCCACUUCUUCCAGUGCCCGGGCCUUCUUCUCACUCACACAGUCACAAGCCACAUUCCGCAAGUGGCUCUACGCCGGCUACGUCUACUUCUGUCUCGCCUUCAUCAUCCUUGUCCCCGUCCGCAUCUACAUCCAGAACUACGCCCUCGCGGGCCACGAACCGAUCGGCUGGGCCCUGGCCUACCUCUUUGGCGAUCUUCCGCAGUUCCGCUUCCAAGUCGUCAAGGCCAACCUCGAGCGCUGGAUCCCCCUCCCACCUUUCCUGCACUCUACACCAGCAACCUGCGACGCCGCAGGCACCACUGACUUCGUUGGCGGCUGGAUCAACCACAUCCGGCUAACCUCCUUCGGCCCGGGCACCACCCGACUGAUCUUAUCCGCCUACUUUGCCACCACCAUCCUCGCCGGCCUCGCCGUCGUCUUCCAGCUCUCCCCCAUCUUCGAAGUCGACACCCGCCGGAAAGUCUUCCACUUCAUGAUGGUCGCCAUGUUCCUACCCGCCGCCUACGUAGACCCGUGCUACAUCGCCUUGGCCCUAGCCCUCAUGCUAGCCAUCUUCCUGGCCCUCGACCUGAUCCGCGCCAGCCAACUACCGCCACUCUCCCGCCCCAUCGCGCGGUUCCUAACACCCUACGUCGACGGCCGCGAUCUCCGCGGGCCCGUCGUAGUCAGCCACAUCUUCCUCCUCAUCGGUUGCGCCAUCCCCCUCUGGCUCAGCCUCGCAUCACUCCCACGCUCAUCACCAUCAUCAUCAUCCGUCCCUUUUGCCGAAGGCGCCACCAAUCCCAAUUCCAAUCCCGACCCCGCUAGUUCCGGUUGGGAACUCCCCGUCCGCGAAAUCGCCAUGGUCUCCGGCGUGAUCUGUGUCGGUCUCGGCGAUGCCGCAGCCUCGCUUGUCGGUCGCCGCUGGGGUCAUCGUAAGUGGCUUUGGGGCGGUGGUAAGAGUCUUGAGGGCAGCGCUGCGUUUGCUGUUGCUGUGUUUGGGGGGUUGAUGGUGGCGGGGGUGUGGUUGCGCGUUGGGGGGUGGGCUGUUAGUAUCGACGACAGCAUCUUUCCUAGCUUGGCAACGGGUGGUGGUGGUGGCACUACUACUGCUCUCCUUGACCCGACGCGACCGCAGUCUGGGAUGGACAGUCUGAUGAGCGUGCUGGACUUGAGGCAGCUGGGGCCGUGGAUGGUCGGGAAAGCACCGCAGGCUGCGGUGUGUGCGACGUUGGCGUCGCUGACGGAGGCUGUUUUGACGGGGGGGAAUGAUAAUGUGGUCGUGCCUGUGGUAUUGUGGGGGUGUGUCAAGAGUUUGGGGAUAUAA